GCGGGCUUUGUAAAAUGGACGGAUGAGUGGUAAAGAGUUUCUAUUUUAUGACAAUGUGUCAAAGUAAAGUUUUCAUUAGUUAAAGUUUUCGUGCGGAAUGUACGUGCGUCUUCAGUGAAGAAAACAUUUUUUAUCUAAUUCAUCAAUUUCGAGACUCGUAUUAGGCCAUGCCGCCUCCGAAGGAGACGAGAAGCUACAAACCGGAGAGUGAGGCGCAAGGAGGCCACGAAUCCUCAGUGGCGGAAGAAGAGGAAGGUGGGGAGUGGAGGGAUAAGAAGCGGAAGCAGAGAGCGGUGCGUGGCGAGCGAGACGACCGCGACCGUUCGCCGCUGGCCUCUGCCUCUUCAUCUUCAGGGGCGCUGGUCUCCACGGCGAUGGCCGCGCGCGAGCCGCUGCAGUGGCGAAAGCUGGCGGCGGAGGGCCUGGACUGCGACUACUGCCUGCUGCUGCCGCGCGCCCAGGCCGACGCGCUCUUCCGCCGCCUGGAGGACGAGCUGAAGUACUUCAAGGGCGACCUCACGCGCAUCUUCGUAUACGGCAAGUGGCACGACAUCCCACGCCAGCAGGUGUCGUUCGGCGAUGAGGGCCUGAGCUACAAGUUCUCGGGGACGACGGUGCCGGCGCGCCCCUGGCCGCCCGCCCUGCUGCCGUUGCGCGACCUCGUCCGCCGCGUGGCCGGCGUGCACUUCAACUUCGUCCUCGUCAACAGUGAAAAUCGACCUAGAACAUGGAAGCUUGCUCAUGAUGAACUACCCUACGAAUCGUUACUGGUAUCACUCUUUACCACCUAGGAAAAGCAGCCCAGGUGUUCGUCUCAACCUUACUUUCAGAAAAAUGGCAGAGAAAUCUAAUCAAAAAUGAUACUUAUUUCUUGAGGCUUUUCCUCUUCAUUAUAAGUGCAUAAUGCGAAUUUUUGUUUAAUGCUUUGAUGUAAUUCUUAAAAUGAAGUAGACCAUGUUCAGUUUGUUCAGUUAUUAAUAACUUUGAUCUUCAAUCUUUGACCUUAGUGGCCAGUGACUCGACUUAAAGAAACCUUUCAUAAUAAACUCUAUAAGACAAGAUAUCUGAAAAAUAAAACAAAAAAAUAUUGUAACAAAUAUCAAUGAGUAAAAAUUGCAAAUAUAUCAACUCAGGAAAAUGAAAGUCAUAACAAUGGUAAUUUUAUUCGACCAUGCAAUUAAAAUAUUUGUGUUAUUUCAACAU